UCCGCUAGCAGCGGAUCCCAAUAUAGAUUAUGUGCAGUGGAUGGAGAAGAUUAAACAGGUCUAGUUCAUCAAAUUUAACAAUGGCUUUAUCGCAUAGGACGAUGGCGAUUGGAUCCGCUAGUGGGUGGCGUUGGUGAUGCGGUGCCGGUUUUCGUUUAUUGGAAUCAUCAAAGCUGCAGAACAAGGUGAUUUUUCAACUGGUGCAGUUUGGAAUGAAAGGUGCGCGAUGAAGGGAUACUCUAUAUAUUGAAUUGUGUGGAAGGCUUAUGGCUGCGAAUGAAACGAGAAAAGCACCGUUAUAUCAAAAGGAACCGUGAACGGAAACAGUGCUUCGAAACUAUGCUUGGUGAUUUAUGCAAAUAAAUAUUGAAUAAUUUUGUUGACAUUGAUGUGCAAUGAAUGCUAACGAGAUAAUAAGAGCUGCGAACGAGGUCAUCACAAUGGGGUGAACAAUCGAAAGUGAUCUGUUAUGUGUACAAGAUGCUUACUCAACUGAAACCGGGAGCUCUGCGGAAGACACUUUGAGGAAAUUAUUUCAGUCAACCGAGCGCACGUCUGUUAUAUCUGUGCCCAGUGCCCUACUUACUAAGUCCUGUGUCAAAGAAAAUUUCUCACGUUCCAGUAAAUCAUUUCGGGACAAUAACCUUCGCUCCCUGAGCUGUUUUCUAUUUUCAUUUCCCAAACUCUGUGGCGUUUUUUUACCCCGGCGGUUAUCUUAACAGCAUCGUGCGGAUUUCCGUUGACGAAACCUUACUAUUGUGGAACGGGACGCAUAAUAUUUCACUUUGGGGCGACUUUUGGGGUGAUCUGUUGAAUCGUGGACGAAUAUUGAAGAACAUAGAAGGAAUCUUGGGAGGAUUUUUUUCGGCCUAUGAACUUGCUGCGGAAAUAAUUUGGGACAACGCACCAACAAAUAGAGACGAAAGUGAAAGCGAGCAAAAAACAAAUUUGCUAAGCUGAUACCGUUUUGUUACAGCUUAAUAUUUUGUAAGAGCAGCAUAAUUCAAAUUGUGUGUAACCAGUGAAAAGGGGCAAUAAGUGAAAUUUCCAGUGAAGUGUAUUUCUCACAAGACAGGGAACCCGAAAAUAAAUCGUUUCUGCGAAGCGGAAAAUGUUCGGCUCCAAACUUCGAUCAUGGAUGGAAAAUCAUAUCGUGCGUCCGAGGAAAAAAAGCAACAAAAAUAAAAGUGGAAACAGCAGCUCGAACUUCGGCAUUUUGACCGCGCAAAAUGGACACGCCAAAGGAGUAUCGUAUCAAACCGAGGGCAGCACCACCAUUGGGAGCCCUGCACGAAGAAGCGAAGUGUCGCCCAUACAGAAUCAUACAACAAGUCGCCGCGGUUGGCAAUCGCCCAGUCAGGACAGCGUCCCCCCACUGUCACCAAAAUCCGAUGAUAAUCACCACUAUCAACUGCAGCACAGUAUCCGAAGUCCCCCAGCGGUGGCUAUUUACGGCAAUGGAACGUUACCCGCAGGGACUGCAAAUCAGUACACGCUAAGUCCGUAUAGCUGCAGCAGCAGCAGCAGUGCCAACGUCAACGGAUACAUUCCGUACCAUCAAUCUCAGUCCGGACAGCAGCAGUGCGCUAUAUCCUCACCGAGAAGUAUUCUGAAGAACGGCUUCCACACGCUUGAGCCGGGCUACGGAGGUGCCGGCAGUGGAAACUAUUCCAAAAGCGUCGACAGCAACUACUCGGACACGAUGUACGGGAUGAAGGAAGACGGCUAUCGAAAAUCAGGGCCACCCGGAGGUGGCGGAGUAAUGACGGGUAACGUGACAGCCCGUAAUGGGAGCUACGGCAAUGUGAUGGUGAAUUCGUUGAAUUAUUCCACUGCGACCAGUUCGAGUAACGAGCUGCUGGAGGAUUUGCAACAAAUCGAGCACAGCAGAAUGAAACGAGGUCAACACAUCAAAAUCAGUUCCAGUUCGUCAUCUUCGAUAAACUCCAACAACAAUCUGGUGAACAACAACAGUAUUAUUGGAAGCAAUGGCAACACGUACAAUAAUAACAAUGGCUUCGAGAUUCAGCAGCGUGGUGUUUGUGAAGGCAAAUACGGGAAACUGCAAGCCAUUGGAAGUAAUCAACCAAUAUCACAGCAGUUUGGAACCAAUGGAGCUUACCACGAGCAGCACAAUAGUAUCAAUAACAAUCUGGUGUUCAAUGUUAAUAAACAUCCACCUCAACCGGGUCAGCUGAAAUCCGCCGUUAGAAGUUCACUUUCCCCUCCGCCACCCACUGCUCCAUCGUCCAACAAACCAGCUGGUGUCCGGAGUAAUUGCCUUAUUACAAACCGUGGCAGUGGCAAUAACAAUAACAACAACAGCUUCGAAAUAUGCCCUGUAAAUAGUGGCGGCGGAAACACAAACCAAACUGGCGGCGGUUCAACAUUAUCGAGCUUUGCAAACAAAUUCCACAAAUUGACUGGCAGUGGCAGAAACUCUUUCGAUGCAGCUGCCACCAAUGGGAAACUGAAUAAUGUUAACAACAACGGCGCGCCGUCUGGCGGGCCGCCGGUCAUCGUUCACCAUCAGGCCCCAAUGUUGCCACCCCCACCACAGGGCAAAAAUCAACAGCAACCUCAGCCCAAUCAACAGCAUCAGCAGCCACCCCAUUACGUAAGCAGUAAUGGUAGCAGCAGCGCCAGCAGUAGCAGUAAUGGCCACCAUCCACACCACGGUCACUCCCAUCCGGUCGGGCAUCACAACACGUUGUCCUCACCGGAAAGUGCUUAUUCCACUGGAUACUCGACCGAUGGUACGUCGCCCGGUGGCUGUUCCUAUGCACCAGAGUAUUACAUCAACAUCCGGACCGGGACGCACUAUUUUCCCAAAGGACUAACGGGGUACAGCGGUGUCGGAGGCGUAGGAGGAUUUGGCGGAGGCCACGAAAGCGGAAGCAAAUUCAAAUGCGGACUGAACCGCAUUGAGGAAAAGCAUGUUGAGUUCGCUGUCGAUGAGAAGCCGUGUCUUUCGCCAAGAAAGUGCACCAGCGAGUCUUAUGAUUUGGUGAAAGCUGCUACCGGAAAGGGCACCACCGGAAUGGCAAUUCUGAAGAACAGCACCACCAACAACAACAACAACAGCGUCGCUUGUUGUAACAACAAUGGCGCCCUAUCGCAGCAACAGCAUCAACCAAUGCCAAACGCAGUCGCCAUGAGCCCUAUCAUGCAGAAAAACCUUGGCAUGCAGCAUUACCGGAGCAUUGAAUCCCCGUCUCCCAGGCAGCGGUGUCGCAUCCGAACGAAUCCUUGGUUGACGACGCUGGACGGAUCUUUGGCCGGUGUUAGUCUGAAGAAGGCGGACCAAGACUCCGGCUCAACGACCUCGUCCGGCAUCAAGUCCAGCAGUGGCACCGAUGACAAUAAGAAAGAUUCCAAGAAACUGAAUGCUCUGUCGGAUUCCGACUCCAGUUCCUCGACGGAGAAAGUGAUUAGCAAGAAAAUGCUGACACCACGGAGCGCAAAGAAGGGUGUCGAUCUGUCCCGGAUGGACAGCAAGGCGACGACUUAUUGCUCCAACUUGGACAGUGACGAGGAUGCGACGCUCAAUGAGAUGAUGGGGAAAUUCGACGAGAGCUACCAUUACGAGAAAGAGACUGACAUUUUGAGUUGCAGCGACUCGGAUCCAACCGAUUGCCCAUCGGACAUCGACACCGGACAGGACGCAGGAGACGAAUGCGACACCGAUGACCUGCUAGACCUGGACUAUAUCGAUACUGGAUCGGUGCAGGAGGUUACCGAUAGAGAGAACUAUCGAAAUACUGGCAGCUGUUCCUACCACAACUUCCCGGAGCGACGUUCUUCAAAGCACCGUGGUCGAAGUAAACGCAACAGUGAAAGUGGAAGCUCUAAGAGACGUAAGAAAUUGGUUCGCACAAGGAAAAAGACAAUCGAUAGCUCGACUGGGGGGUCCGUUCCGGAGAACUUGUCGUUGAGCCGAGGGUGUCGCAGUCUUGGAGGAACACCCGUUUCGUUGCGAAGAAAUCAAUCCGAGGAGAGAACACAAUCGCGAAAUGCUCCACUGUCGAACAGAUGCAACUCGUUAUCUUUCACCGAAGUACAUUCGUUGCACAGUCGUAUUCUUGCAAUAUCGGAGAGUGAGAAGGCACUUCUUAAAGCAGAUCUGGAGGCAGACGUCAAGUACAAGCAGUUGAUUCAUGAAGCCGAAACGAUAUUGUUUUCUAUGAAAACCAAUAGUGUGAAAGAACUCAAGGAUGUCAAAGAACCACCGACUAUUUGUAGCCCGAGGAGGAUUUGUAAUCCUCCUGCAAACAAGCGCGUUGAAAUGCUUCGCAACUGCGAAGCUGAUCUCAAGCGAGAGCUUUCGAAGACUUGUACUCAAAAGUACGUUGAAAAUGGACUCGAACUAAAUCCUGUGGAAGGUAUCAUUGUCAAUAAGAGGCUCGAAGUGCUUCGCUAUGAAACAUCCAUUUCGGCACCGAAUAGCCCGAAAAAUACUCGAGUUAUACCUCGCAAAACUCACGUAACAAACUUCAUCAAUCAAAAUCAUUGUUCGGAGAUGACGCGUCGCCAAAGCGACCACGAAAAUGAUCUCAAAAGUGCCAAAAUGUCUCCGCAACCUACCAUCUAUGAGCGGAACAUCGUUCCUCCGAAGUCGCCCCUCAUUACCAGAAGGCGAUUCCGCAGUCAGAGCCCGAAGAUGAACAUCGUUUCGGAUUCCGACUCGGACACGGACCUGAGCCGGAAUCUCGACAAAAACCAUUCCAAGUGCAAGUCCAACAAAGAAAAUAUGUCCUCCACCAGGAGUAAAAGCAUUACAGGGAAACAGAUGAACAACUUCAGGCACACGAUUCAUGCGGCCGGAUCGAUGGGCGAGGAAUCCAGCUCGGCGGUAGUUCCUAGCGGCAGUACUGUGAUCUAUUCGAGUUCAUUGAACGAGAGCGACCUCAAACGGGGACUGCACAAAUCACCGCUGAUGUCGUUCCGUUCGGUUGACAUCGGUAACACGUUGACGGACGAUAGCUACUGUCCGCAGAGUGAACCGCUGAAGCGUAAGAUUUAUUCCGGAAGCUCAACGUUCGAGAAGAUUCAGAGAAGUCUCGAUGCGGAUCCAGAACUGUCGAAAAAAGCUCUGCUGCACAAAAUCUCUCUACUGCGACGCGAGCGCCAAGCCAAAUCAAAACUAGAUAACACCAAUAACGCUUCUCUCAACCCGGGACACGAUCUAGCGAGCACCGUAACACCGGCUAACGACGAAAAAGCUUCCACCACGACGUCGAACAGUGAAAUAACGCUCACCAACGCUUCCAGCUGCGACGCGGAAACGAAACAACAGCUGAUCAUGGAUACGCUGGCCGACAUCAAGCGGAGUCUUGAGGAUCAGAGCGUCGAGCUGAACGAACUCAACGAUUCGGAUAAUUGAGGAAGCACACUCACUCACCAACGGGUAUUGUGGGUGCUGGGCUUCGAGUACGCACAGACACCUAUUACACACUUUGUAAUUACUCCACUAAUUAAUAAUUGAUUGUUGGGUUGACUGGGAAGAAAGAAAUCCGAAUCGCAGAACGUUAAGUUUAAUAUUUCGAAUUGGUUCUGUUCUCAACGGUUCUCUAACUGUAACGCCGCUUGAGUUAAAAUCUUACCAGAACGUUGAUCAAAUCAGCGUUCCUUCGUCUGUAGAAUAAUUAUUUAAACGUUUCGACACUUCUAGACAAAACAUACAAUGAAUUUACUAUCGUUAAAAUAUUAACAGUUGAUUAUUUAUUGCAGUGAAAAUUAUGCGUGGUAAUUUUUUCCGACUUCGCGUGAAACUAUUCUCAUCGUCAAAGCUGAAUCGUUUUUCUCGGGAUUUAAAUUUGAAAUCGGCAUUAACUUUAAUUCGUCCUACCAUCACGCAUAUAAUGAGCUAACCAUUCCCACGGUAGUGGGAUCCAAAAAUUAUACGUAGUUGAAGUAGUAUUAGGUUUACCUCUACUUAUUGAUAGAAACGGUAUUAUAGUGAAAUUCGACAAUGGACAAAAACAUGGAAAGUUGGAGCCUAAAUUGUCUUAUUUUUCUAACUGUCAUAGAACAAAAUCAUAGAACUGAGUUUUGUAGUAUUUUCCAUCCAUCCAUUUAGUGUUAGUAAUGAGAAAACCCUUUCUCCUUUUUCUAUGGAAACAACUUCAAUCUAAUAGCGUUACAAUAAAAUGAUUGAAUCUAUUCUAAUCGAACAUAAACUACUCCAGUGAUGUAGUUUGUAGAGCUUUAUGUUCCGAUAAUUCCACACCUUACAACAAUACUAAAUGAUAUAUUUAGAAAACGAUGCAAUACACGAUUCAGUAGUGGAUAGAUCUGAUUCAUAAGGGAAUAAGUCUAGUUCGACCCAUCGCAGCUUAGUUCCAUUUUCUUUGGAGUGAAUUCAGUUUUGAUUGAUAGUGAGUGAAGGUUUAGUGCAAUUAUUUAAAUGUAGAUUCGUCUUUAAUUGUUUGCUCCUAGUUCUUUUGCAUGCAUUCGACAUACUUUUAUUUAAAGUUUUUAUUAUACGUAGUUGUAUGUAGUUUCUACGAUAAAUAUAGGUUUUCAAUCAAUAGUUGUAUUCAAGAUUCAUAAAACUAUCGUUUCUUAUAUACUCUAUAGCAUGAUCACCAAAAUAUAUUUUAGUUACUAAAUAAAGAUUGUCGCUGUCCGGAACAUCUUUUGCUGGCGAAGAUAGGGGAGCUAAAUGUCAAAGAAGGAAAAUCCAUACGAUUUGACAGCUUGGUACCCAACAUGUUCCGGACAGCAGAACAAAGGGAACCGAAGCGACAAUCUUUAUCUAGUAACUAAAAUAUCUUUUUGAUCACCGCAUAAAAUGUUCCGUUAACGCUUCCAUACCUACGGCGACAGAAUCGCAGUCGUCUAGCGACGGCAACAGUCGUCGCGUGUGUUUGGAAGAACCUUUAACUUACGUAAAAGUGGAAAUUUGGGCGAAAAGGAAAUUUACAAGCAAGCGUUAGAUUGUAAUUCUACAGGACAUCGCAACAGUGGCGGACCCGGUGUAGCCUCCUCAAAAAAAAGAAAAAUUUCAACCUAGAUAAUGGUAGCAGGUUAAACGGUAGCUGGCAAUCGUCUAACAUGGACAUCUUUCAAGUUGGUCCUUUGCACCACUCGGGGUGUUGGUGGACUUUUAACAGAAUCUGCUGAACAACAGAUAUUACAAGUUCGGCGGACUGCUCCUGAAGUUUUCAUAGCCCCGAUAUUCAUUCCAGGAAAAAAAGCAAUGAAAAGGUAUUUGAUUUGUUUAUUAUUUUUGUGAUGUUUUCAGCAGUGAGCAAAAAGAAGCGACGAAAUUGCUGCCGUAUUUCUUUGUUUCGCGACGAGAAGAAUAUAUGUCCAGUGAGAUGGAAAUCGGAUCAGUUCCCCUAUCGGAUAGUCCCCCUACAAUCAAUGUUUCUAACGCGAAGUAUACCUUGAUUGGUGGUUUCAGCCGUACCUGUUUAGGCAACAUGGGUUCAUCAUAGUCGGUUUUUAUGAACAUCAACGUGUCAAUAAUCUACGUAUCACUCGUUUACCCCUUUCUGGGGCGACAACCCAUGACUGCUAACAAUCCAUUCUGCCUUAGAUGCAGAAGCCCACGAUGCAAAGCAUCAACAAGUAUUUGCAUUAGAUUUAUUAUUUAAUAAAGUACACAUCAACAGGCUCGUUACUGCCGUUACUGCCCCAAAUAAUGUUUAAUUCAAACGCAAAACAAGUAAUUCAAUUAAACACAAACAAAUCUGUCGUAAUCAAGUAAUUAAAGCGAACAAGACUAAAUAAACAUUAAAAAAAACUAUUAAAAGUUCCGGGCGCCACAAACAGAAGCGAAUCUUCUUUUCAAAGUUUCACGUGAGAGAUGGAAGUCAAAAACUGAUGCCACUCACUCGAUUGCAAUUUCGUUGCAAGCCAGUAAUUGCGCCUGUUAGACCAUAAUACGUCCUACAUGGUCUUAACAAAAUAUUAUUUCUAACUUUCAGAUCGAUGAGUUGGAGAAUGGUUGGAAUGGUUGGAGAUUUCGAUUUUUUUAAAUUUUUUUUUAUAGGUAACGAUUCAAAAAACUCCCCCUUCUUCCUAUGUCACAAUAAGAAACGAUUGCUCAAUCCCUCUCCCUCCCUCUCAAGCGUUACGUAAUUUGUGCACAAAGACUUACCUACUCAAACCGAAAAGAAAUAUUAUGCAACAAACAAGUACAUAGUUUCUAAAAUGCAACGACGUGCCAAAAUUUCAGCUAAUCCCAACAAACGAAUUAACAUUCGAUAUUCAAUUAAUUUUGACAGAAUUUUACUAGCAAGCGCAGUUUAAAUUUAAUUCGUUUUAUAAUAAUAGUAAGAUCAGAGCUUUAAAUAAUCGAAUGUUUUUGUUGAAGUCCAUCGGCCUUUUUUGUCACCCUUGCUUCAAAAUAUAUUUAUAUUUGGUUGAACACUGACAAUUUCCGAUCGAAUAUCAGUCAGUGAGUAUUGAUUUUAAGAUUCCGUAAACUAAAGAAUAACUGUAAAACUGAACGGGGAAGGGUCAUUUGGCCGAAAUCCAUUCGGCCGAAAGCCAUUUGGCCGAAUGACAAUAGGCCGAACAGACCAUUAGGCCGAAACCCAUCUAGCUGAAAGUCAUUUGGCCGAAAAGGUCGUUUGGCCGAAAGGGUUAUUUGGCUGAAUAGUUCAUUUCGGCUUUCUACAGUGAGAAGAGAAAAAUGAAGAGUGAGAAGUGAGACGUCCCACUUCUCACUCCUCAUUUAUCACUUCUCGCUGUAAAAAGUGAGAAGCGCAAAGUGAGUAGUGAGACGUCUCACUACCCACUUCACACUACUCACAGUUUGAAGUGAGACGAAUCACUUCUCAAUCAUCAUUUCGCACUUCUCACUGUGAAAAGUGGGUAGUGUGAAGUGGCUAGUGAGACAUCUCACUACUCACUUGAGCUAUGACCUAUUCGGCCAAAUGUCCUAUUCGGCUAAAUGACCCUUUCGGCCAAAUGUCCUAUUCGACCAAAUGACCCUUUCGGCCAAACGACACUUUCGACCUCAUGACCCUUUCGGUUAAAUGACACUUGCGGCCUAAUGACCCUUCCGGUCAAAUGACUAUUUCGGCUAAACGACCCUUUCGGCCCAACAACCCCUUCGACCUAAUGACCCUUUCGACCAAAUGACCCUUUCGGCCAAAUGACUUUUUCGGCCAAACAACCCUUUCGGACAAAUGACCCUUCGACCAAACGACCCUUUCGACCAAAUGACCCGUUGGGUCAAAUGACCCAUUCGGCCUAAUGGUAUAUUCGGCCAAACAACUCUACGCCUAGUGGCAUUCGGCCGAAUGGGCUUCGGCCAAAUGACCCUUCCCCCACAAAUUUUCAUGGUUCAGUCGAUCAAUAGCUUUUUCGUAGUCCAUGAAUACCAAAUGGAGGCACUCUUGGAAUUCAUUGACCAUGCUCCCACUCUUAGAAUUCAUUGACAAUAUGGCCCACACACGAUCUACCGGGGCGGAGUCCUGUCUGCUGUCGUCGAAUUAUCGUAUCUAUCUUCUCCUUUAUUCGAUUAAGGCUAACUGUGUACAGGACUUUGAGAACAAUUAACAGUAUCAUGAUGCCCCACCAAUUGUCGCACACAGUAAAAUCACCUUUUUCAGAAUCUUCGCUAAGACUGUCACUUUUAAAUUCGACUUUACUAUUGGGUGGAACCGUAUGCAAAGCAAGACUCAAGCCAGAAUGGUGGGUAUCUACUAUAUACAUACAUACAUACAUCUUUGCUCAGACGGCCAGUUACCGAGAAAAUCGUUUUGUCCUAGAUAUUGCAGAGCAGUUGAUGCAAAAAUUGCACAGAUAGCGUGGGGUCAGCUUCGAUCAUCUUUGCUGCGAUCGACCCCGGCAGCCUUGUUGGAUUUUAUGCUUCGGAUAGCUGCUUCAAUCUCCUGCAAUUAUUGAGCUUCGGAGUUGUCGUGGGUGGAUUAACCGAAUUCUGCAAACAGUUUUCACUCAUUUCUCCAAGACUAUAAGAAUUCUUCUCGUCCUAAAGCUCGGCAACAUCGGUCGGCGUGCACGCAGCUAAAAAAAAAACGCUACGUGAACAUCUGCCCUUACCUAGCUAAGCUAACGUUAAAACAUUUAAUGUUCCAAUUCAUGCCCAUUGUUUCAUGCCAAAAGUCGUUUCCUUUAAAUCAGUGCUUCAUCCUUUUAUGUUGGUUUCUCGUACAUAAAUUUCGAGAACAAUAGGUUGUUGACCCCCUAUCCACUGGGAUAGGGCUGCUAACUUAGAUUUAGCUUCUGAGGAAUAGCAUUUCAAACUCAGCCGCUGGAUGACAGAAUAGACGCUGUCGGAGCAACACCUUGGUGAACAGAUGCUUGAUAAGUCUGGUCAAAUUUUUUAAAAGUCCCACCCCCACACCAGUACUAGCCCACCGUGAGUGAAGAUGAUCGGAAAUCUGUUCUUAAUGGAUCUCUGGGUAAUAACAUGCUAUUUUAGUCGCAAUUGAGUUGCAACUUCCAGCGAUAAGUCAAGCUCGAGCAUUAUUUACAGUAGAAGAAUUCAGCACCUGUAAUGUAAAUGAAGCGUUUCAGUGGUUUGGACAGCAUUUUAGAAACUACAAUUUUUAGAGAUUCUGGGAAGGUUCCGCAUCAAGCGCCUUGUGCCUGCCUUGUGAUAUUUAGUUUGUAAUGUCGUAAAAAAGCAGGCCGUAAUGUUCGUAAUGCCGUAAUUAAGAAGAAGAAGUAGAAGAAUCAUACAUCAUUUCAUGCUAUACGUGUAACAAAUAGCAUUUAAUGUAGAGUAGUUUUUUAAACAUUUGUUUUCUAAUAAUUUACAUUUACCAACCUCUCCAACAAUUCUAUAAAUCAAAUCAGCGAGCUUAGGAACUGCAUGCACCAAUAUAUGUGUCUUCUAGUUCAGCCUUACUAUCUAUUAAUCAAAACCAAAUUCCUCUUUCAAGCAAAGCUUGGAAAUAAGAAGCUCAUCAAUAACAGCUAAAUAACAAACCCAAUUUCCACUCAUUAUACAUACAAACAUAUACAAAACUCUUGAAAUAAAGUGUACAAGUAUAACGCAAAAAUUGAAGAGUAGCAACAAACCAACCAUAAAUAGGAAACCUAAUUGAACAGACCCAAUCAAUACAGAAAAUCAGAGAUAGGGAAAAAACGUCGAACCCUCAUCCGUUGAGUUGGGCCAACCAGCAACGAUGUAUACGUACGUCAGUUCAGCGAAUUGGGUGAUCGGGGCUGCGGAGAAUGACUUUCCACAAGCUGACGCAAAUCCAAAGCGAAUCCGUUUAACUCUUCACGGACAAGAAUCCCUACAACUGCGCCACGAUUGCGAAUUAAUUAGCAUCACGCCAUUUCGAUUAAACUGACUGCGGCGGCGGAAGGAAACCUCACAGAAAUAAAAUCCACACAAAACACACCAAACCAUGACCAAAUCAACCAAGUGCGAAUAAUGACAAGUUAACGGGGUCGGUCGCCAUUGUGACGAUCAUGGGGGUGCGCUUGUGGGCCCCAGGAUGGUAAGAAAAAGGAUAAUUAACACAAUACAGUGACUACAUUUGUACUACAUCUAUAUCGCUAUUGAUAUUGAAACCAAACAGGAAACAUUACUAAUAAAAUCAUAUUGAAAAACAA